AUGGAUGCAUCUACUUUCCAAGCACCUGUUACCAAUGCGUUUCAGUGUUAUCCCGUCGUCGAAGCCAUUGCUUCUUCUAUAGAUUUAAACACCCUCGACGCACUCUCACGUACCUGUCGUCUUGUUCAUCAUGGUUUAAUUCAAUACCGUACCACUCUUAUCAACUCAACACUCCACUGCCAAAACGAAGACGUCCCUGUCGAUGGUUCCGAGACCUUUAGGUACCGUGCUCGCGCCGGUAACUGGUUCUAUAUGGAAGACGGCCGCAGCUACAAUGGCAAGUCGGGCGACUGCGCUCGUGACAUGGUUGGCGAGUGUCGCAAAUGUAGUGAUGUGAUAUGUCGGAAUUGUGCGAUUAAGCCUCCUGCUUCCGGUGCACUUAAAGAGAGACAUCGAAGACUAUGUAAGGCCUGUGUUCAUGCACCUAUUGCAACUCUUAUCAGGGCUCCUGUGGACCCAGACGUCCCUCUCUCUUCAGAGUCGGUAUCGCGGGAGGUCUGCAAGUGCGCCGAUGACGGCGUCUGGUUGUGUCAGCCAUGUGGUCGAAGUAUUAGAGCUGCAGAUAAUGACUACCAGCGUAUCUGGCGCUGGCGUAACCAGUACGGCGAAGUCCUUGGUGGUCUUGGUACCGGCAUUGGCGAGGGUGAUCGUGGUGUAAUCUGCGGCCGCGAAGCAGACUGCUGCGCAGCCAAAGAAGUCGAACACCAAGUAGACUGCGACGCUGAAGACGCCCGGGACGGAAACGUUGCUCCGAGUCCGGCCCCUCAGCAAGCUCCGGUUGAUGCUCUCAUUGACCAGCUUCGCCUCACACACGAGCGCACACCAUCGCCGUCUCUCGGUCCUGGCUACUUACGCCAUGAGAUCGAGGGCAUUGGCGGCGUUGUGAAGCGCAAACGAGUUCGUAUGGUGCGUGUUGGUCGUGGAGUGCCCGAGUGGGAUGAUGAAAAAGGCAGUGGCAGGCGUGUUCUCGGCCGAGAGGUCAGCGGAGCUCGACGAUCGUGGUGCGGUUGGUGCAAUCGGGUUAUUCCUGGUGAAAAAGAUCUUUAUAAUGAGCCACCGUCUUCAUCUUCUUCUGACGCAGGAGGCAGUCGCAGGACGUCGACCUCAACUAGCAGGUCGGUUGAGAUGAAGAUGAACUGA